CCGGUAGAGCGCAGUCGAACUUGCAAUGGCGGCUAUGUUUUGUGAUUGUUGUCUUAGGCCAACAGUGUUGUAAGAAAGUGAAUUACCAAGGAAUAAACGAUACUGUUGACAUGUAAGGUUUCAAGCCCAAAGAAGCUGGCUUUUGCCUGCCCGUUUUCUUUUUAAAAGUUUUCUUAUCUUCAGUUGAUUUACAUAGCUUUGGAAAUGGCUCCUGUACCACUGGAAGGGCAGCAGAUGCCCAUGAUGCCCAUGGCAGCUGAAGGACAACGUGGGGGGUCUAUAAGCCUUGCUGUUUUAAUUGAUUUUAUUGUUCAGAGGACGUAUCAUGAACUGACAGUGUUAGCAGAGUUGCUUCCUAGGAAAACAGAUAUGGAGAGGAAAAUUGAAAUUUACAAUUUUUCAUCAAGAACUCGCCAGUUAUUUGUUAGAUUGUUAGCCCUCGUGAAAUGGGCUAACUCUGCUUCUAAAGUUGACAAGUCUGCUCAUAUAAUGGCAUUUCUGGACAAACAAUCAAUGUUGUUUGUAGAUACAGCUGACAUGCUGGCUAGAAUGGCCAGAGAAACUCUUGUUCAUGCCCGUUUGCCGAAUUUUCACAUACCUGCAGCAGUUGAGGUUUUAACUACAGGCACUUACAGUCGUCUUCCUGUUUGUAUUAGAGAAAAAAUUGUUCCACCAGAUCCUAUAACUCCCAGUGAAAAGAAAAGUACUCUCCAGAGAUUAAACCAGGUCAUUCAGCACAGACUUGUAACAGGAAAUCUCCUUCCUCAAAUGCGAAAUUUAAAGAUUGAUACUGGUAGAGUUACUUUUCAUGUGAAGCAUGAGUUUGAAGUUUCUUUAACUGUGAUGGGAGAUGGCCCUAACAUUCCAUGGCGCCUUCUUGAUGUUGAAAUUCUUGUAGAGGAUAAAGAUAUUGGAGAGGGCAAGGCAUUAGUGCAUCCCCUGCAGGUGCAGUAUGUUCACAAAGUUCUUCAGGCCCGCCUUGCUGAUCAUCCCAAUCCUCUAGAUGAGGUUUAUAGUUGUCUCCACUUUUUUGCUCAAGCCUUGCAGUUGGAAGUUCUCUACUCACAGGCAUUAAGACUUAAAAGAGACCGCCUUGAAAAUUAUGUUCAUGUUGAUAGUUAUGUUCCUGGGCAACAUCUUACUAUCUUAUACUGGCGUGAACUUUCUCAAAAAGAACCUCGCUCUGAGCUGGGUUAUAAAUUGACUGUUCAAGUUGAUCAUCAUGACAGUGCAAGACCACUUGCUGUUGUGCAUUCACCAACUCUAGGACACAACGAGGUUGAAAUUGCUGAAAAAGCCAUACAUUCUGCUGUGCUGUCAGUUGAGAGACUUUUAGUACACACAAUUUACGUUCGCUCCAAAUCAAGGUUGACAGAUUUGAAAACAGAAAUCCAAGCUAUGUUACCAGGAGUAGAAUGCUCCUUAGGCGGUGUACCAGCUGUUCUUAGUGUUCCACUUUUGCAACCUUGUCAACGUGCUGAACAAAUGCUCGUGACAGUGGAAACCUACUCAGGAAUCCUUCAGUGCUGUGUCCCUCAGUAUGAAGCCCCUCUGAUGCAAGACUUAAGCAAUGCUCUAAAUGGUGAUCGAUCAAAAUUGCCAACAUUACUCUCAGAGCUCCGUUUUUGGGUUGUACAAAGACGGUGUGAAAAAACUCUUAUGCACCUGCCUGUAUCUGUCAAAGAUCGUUUGCCUCUCAUGAUGCCUCACGAUAAUUCAAUUGCAUCCAGACUGGGAAGGCAUCACAUGCUAGUUCAACUGCACCACCAUGCAGGCUCCAUUCUUAUUGUUGAUCUACAUGAGAGAAAAGAAUCUGUUUUAAAUGUGGAUUGCGCUUUCUACUUAGCAUCAGUUAGAGCUGCAUCCAUAAAUGAUGACGAUCAAGCUCAAACUGCGUCUUCAUCUGAAGAAAAUGCUUCAGAAACAGAACCGCCCAAACCAUAUUUAAAGGUUUUAUCUCUUGUUGAAUUUGACACUUUUGUCGCUACUCAUGGUCCUUGGACAAAUGUGGAGGACCCUGAAUCUGCUGGAAAACGGAAACUUGUUGGUUUCCACGACUCACGUCAGAGAUCUAAACACCCUGCCUACUUCAUACCAGAAUUGGCCCACGUUGUUGCCAUGUGUGAUGAACGAAUACCUUUUCUUGGUAUAGCCCAAGAGUUUACAAAGAGGGAGAUUCCUCAUCAAGGGAUCCAGGUUGAAUCUGGUGCAACAGGAUUAAUGCUCCAACUUGUUACCCUUCCGGCACCUGAAGGUGUUGCUUCUAACAAUCCGGAAUAUUUAGCCUUGUUACGCCGCCUUCUGUCAGUUACCAUCCGAGCAUGUACUAGAAAUCCAGGUCGAGGCUGGGUUAUUGAAUUUGUGUUUGCUGGAUCUCCACUUCAGUCUCUGCAUCCAAGGGAACAAGGCAACAGACGGCCAGUGUAUCUUCACUAUGAAAUGCUGUCUGUUGACAAAUCCUCUAAGACUGUUGAUGCAUUGCUUGCUGAUUGGGAACAUAUUUAUCACAUUUUCACACUGGCAGAAGAAUUGUCUAAAAGCUAUAAAAUAGAUAAAAUCAACUUACCAUCAAUUUGCUUAGUUAAGAGUUAUAAUUAUUUAAAGCUUGUACUUGGUUAUGGACCAGACAAAGGAGCAACUGUUACAAUUCAGUGGCGUAAAGAAAACAAAGUAUUGUGCCUGUAUUUUGGAGCCUUGGGACGAGCUGUUGUAGCCCAUUCACUCACUCGUAAGCAGUUAAUAAUGUACUUAAAUCAGCACAAAAGUGCAGUUUUAUUGGUCCAGCUUCUUCAUGAGACAUAUGAGCCUCUUUCAUCGAUCUUACACCUGUCAUCAACUCUACAACUAGGAAUCAAUAGUAAUAGACCAAUGGUACCUGUUCAGACAUGGACAAUUGUUGCUCAGACUCCCACUUUACUACAUCUUGUGUACAAUUCAACGUAUUGCUUGGAAUUAAGAAUCAAGGGUAACGGAUAUGUUAGCAUUAGGGAUGGUGCUCAUUCUAUUUUUAGUAGUUCUACUGUCGUUCCUGGUGAUCUAAUGCCCACGCGUCAUUUAAGGCCUUUCCUGGCAAAGUACGUUACUGAAACUGAUGUUGCCAGAAGACGUUCACAAUCUGAAGAUGAAAAUCCUCCCUCUCCUGUGUUAUUAGAACAGGAGACUGGAAACAUUUUGUCAGGCCGUGGUCCACAGUCACCUGCUAGUCAGAAAGAUGGACUUCGUUUCCAUCCCCCUCUCACUCCUCCAUCUGUUGGUAAUCCUCACACCCCUGCAAGCCCACUGACUUCAAACAUGCAGGGCAAUCACCCUAGUUUCGGGUCCUCACCUGCAGCCAACUUCAGCCUUGCAUCUCCUCCAUCAAUUGCUGGGGUCAACCAGUCAGCCUCGCCAGGAGUUGGACUUAUGUCUGGUAGCUCGCCCAAUCCCCAUCCGAUGCCAAGUCCAUUGGCAAUGCCCAGCCCAUCACCUCAACCGUCCAUGAUUGGACACUCACCUGCAGGAUCAUUCAUGGGUGGAGGUCACAUGGAUGGCAGUCCGUACCCGUCACAAAAUAUGGCGUCCCCCGCAGCAUCUAACUGGCCCAACUCACCCGGUAUGCCAAUUCCCAGACCGUCCCCAGCACGCUCUGGGCCCGGGCCGCACUCUCAGCACUCCCCUGACCACAAACACAGUCAGCAUGUCGACAUGUGGCAGUCCCGAGUCUUACCACAGCGCUUCUGGGGAGCCACAGUGCCUACCGUCUUAACUGUUAAGGCCUUUGACGUACUGUGUCGGCCAUGUCCUACGCCUCCCGCGGGGCCUAACUCACAGCCUCCGCAGGUACCCCCUGGCACACCAGACUUAUGUCCGUUGGAGAGAUUCUUGGGUUGCAUCUUUAUGCUUAGACAGAUGCACCGCUUCGUACAAUCCGAAGAAACGCUGACUGAUUUAAAAUCAUCUGAGUAUGAGCAUUUCAAAACCGAAACCCUUCAGUGCCGUCUUAUGCUGAACCCCAACCAUCGACAGACUCUGCACAUGAAGGUUGCAUCUCUUGAAAACAAGGAGCAGUGGUCCAUGAAAGAAAUUGAGAUAAUUGAAAAGUUCUGUGAAAUGAGGAUAGCGUGCCCUCCAUUCAAACCUAACUCUCUGUUAGGCCUAGCUCGAAUGUUGAACACUCCUUACUUUGUUCUCAAGGACUUCAUACAACUUAUGAAGUUGGAUUUGAUGCCUAGUUUAGCUCAGCAAAACAACUUUAAAUGGAGCAUUCAACUUUGUCUUCGUGUUCCCCCUUCAUCAGCUUCACCCAUUGUUCCUACAGGACAAGCAGGGGUGCUCAUUAGUCGCAGCAAAAUCCUCUUCUUUGUACAACUUACUAGAAUUAACCUACCACCUAACAUGGGGGAAGGAAUGACUCUGGUUCUCCCUCUUGUGUAUGACAUUGCUGUCCGUAACACUCAAGUAGCAGAGAAGAGGGAACCUGGACCUGCACUUGCUGUGUCUGCUGCUAACCUGCAGUUAAAACGUUUUGCUGAAUAUUCUGCCACUAACCCAAUGGCUCAUGAUGCCCCAUGCACUCUCUUAUUAGCAGUAAGGGAUCUUCUUACAAACCUAACUCUUCCUAGUGACAUCCCUCAGGUUGGGCCAGGUGGUCCCAAUCAGAUGCAGAAUCCAGUUGGCAUGAUGCAUCCUCCAAUGGGCUCUGGCCCUGGCUCUGGCCCAGGAGUUGGGCCAGGUAUGGGUGGUAUGGCUCCUGGUAUGGCACCAGGAAUGGGUCCAGGACCAGGAAUGGGUCCAGGUAUGCCACAAGGUAUGGGACCUGGGCCAGGAAUGGCUCCCGGCAUGCCACAAGGAAUGGGACCAGGAAUAGGACCAGGCAUGGGUCCUGGAUUGGGACCAGGUGUUGGAGCAGGGCCUGCUAUGGGACCGGGAAUGCCCUCUCCCAUGGGUCUAGGAAUGGGACCCGGACCUGGAAUGGGACCAGGACCGGGAAUGAGUCCUGGCCCAGGCAUGGGCCCUGGAAUGACUGGGAUGGGUCCAGGCAUGGCUCAAGGAAUAAGUCCUGGACCUGGGAUGGGACCUGCCAUGGUACCGGGAAUGGGACCCGGUAUGGGGCCUGGGCCGGGGAUGGGACCUGGAAUGGGCCCUCAAAUGGGACCUGGAAUGGGAGGAAUGGGGGCACACAUGGGAGGACCCAUGGGUGGUUCUAUGGGAAAUCCAAUCAGCGGACCUAUGGGACCGGGUGGACCAAUGGGAGGUCCAAUGGGCCCAGGGGGUUCAAUGGGGCCGGGUGGACAGUAUCCUGGUGGGCCUAUGGGUAAUAUGGGACAGCACCCUAUGAUGGGUCCCUGAGCUGAGGGCAUGAGAUUUGAAUUGGUGGACUAAAAGACAAAUGUGUGUGCUACAUGAUUCCAUCCAGGUAUUAAUUAAGUUUGUUGACAUUAGAAAAAUGAUGCUUUGAUAGUUGCUUUGGUUGUCUGAGACAGAGGCUGUAACUCUCUUCAUUUUCUCUUUUCAUUUUGAUCUAAAGUACAAAAGUGUGUUGGCUGUAAUUUAUGAAUCUGACAAAGUCCAAAGUUUCAUGUGCUGAUUUAUACGUUUGCUUUGUUUUAGAGUAAAAUCAGUUAAUAUUUAAGGUACUUUACAGACUUAAUCACUUUGUGUGGAGCAUAUAGUACUCACCCUAAUAACUUCAGAUUUUUUUUGUUGGUUAGACUAAAGUUAGAAUUCCAAUUGUAUGUAUUUCUAUAUAUAUUUAUUUUUUGUUUUUGAAUAUUUUUAAAAAAGAAACUGGGUAUUUGUAAAUACUGGUAUAGAUAAUAAAUAACUGUCAUGACAGGAA